AUGGCCUUCUUAUUUAAGCUUACUAUAAUUGGAGUAUUUGCUGUCAGUUUGUGCCAGGGAAUGCAGAAUACUAGAUGUAAUGAGGGGGAAGCCGAUGCUCUUCUUCACUUAAAAUCUGGCUUAAACGACUCUUAUGGUGGACUGAGUUCGUGGAUAAAAGGAACAGAUUGUUGCCUGUGGCAGGGCAUAUCAUGUGAUCCCAACACCAAUCAUGUUGUAACAGUUGACACAUCCCUUGGUGUUGUAGGAGGUGUCAUAUCUGAGGGCUUGUGCAACCUAAGUUUUCUUACGGCCAUUAACAUGGUUGCCAAUGGACUAACAUGUACAAUUCCUUCAUGCCUUGGAAAACUGUCUUAUCUUACAGAACUGGUUUUAGCUUGGAAUAAAUUGAGUGGGAGCAUUCCAUUUUCUUUUACAAACAUGUCUUCUCUUGCAACUCUGAAUUUACAGAGAAACAACUUGGAAGGAGAAAGUGUCCUUAGUACCAUUUGUAUGAUGACCAGCCUUAUUAAGAUCGAUCUUGCUGGCAACCAACUGAAUGGAAGCUUACCAUUGUGUCUGGGAAAUCUUUCUUCUCUUGAUUAUCUCUCGCUUAGUGGAAAUCAACUCACUGGCACCAUUCCCUCUUCUCUAUCUACUCUGUCUUCUCUACAUACCCUGUAUCUUGGUAGCAAUCGCUUCAGUGGCAUUAUCCCAAAUUCUCUAGGCAAGAUGUCUUCCCUUAGUGAUUUUAAUGUUUAUAACAAUGAAUUAUCUGGACAAGUUCCAGAUUCCUUGGGCAAUAUAUCUUCUCUAAAAACUUUGGAUUUAUCCUACAACCGAUUUAAUGGAACCCUUCCAGCCUCAUUUUCUCGUCUCACCGCCCUUACUAGUCUCAGAGCAUAUGGUAAUGCAUUCUGCUAG